CUUUGCGAAACCUUUCAGUGUCUUUCCGAACCUGGUCAGAAUGAGUGCCAGCUGGAUUAUAUUUGUAAUGCUUGGCGCUUCAGUACUAUUCCAUGGCCAGGCCAAAGUUCGCAGAUAUCCCGGAGUAGAUCUGUGCACCGUAGGCGUGGUAAUGUUUGCACGUGUGACGUGCGCACCCUUACAACCAAUCUGGGUUAUGUACCACGGCCGAUGCCGCAAGGGUUAUCAUUGCUUUCGCGGAUUAACGUUAAGGGAGUGUAUAAGGCAGUGUUACACGCGGGAUAUCAGCACUAUGAGAACCAAAAAGACAACAACAACAACAACAACAACAACAACAACAACGACGACGACGACGACGACAAGAAGAUCUAGAAUAACAAGAUCAACAACGGAGAGACCAAGUGGAACGCCUUGGUUUGAAGGAACGACGACACGAAGGAGAACGCGCAGAACCCGAACAACUCCAGCACUCAGAUAAUCGAAAAAAAACUUAAAAGAUAUGUAUAUACAUAUAUUCAUAUAUAAUCAUCAAACGUUACUGCACCCAAAUAAAUUUCACGCAUUUGCAUACAGA